UCAGUCUGUGUUCAACAAACGAAUAAUAUCCAAAAAAUAAAAUGAAAUUCAUCAUUGUAUUCGCUGCCCUUUUCGCCUUCGCUUUGGCUGCUCCUGCUGAACACGGUGCUGAGAUCGUCCACCAAGAAUCUGAGGUUUUACCAGAAAGCUUCAAGUUCCUUACCGAAACCUCCGAUGGUAACCACCAUGAUGCCGAAGGUAAAUUGUUGAAUGUUGGCUCUGAUCACGAAUCCCUCGCUGUUCAUGGUUCAUUCUCCUGGGUUGAUGAGAAGACUGGCGAAAAAUUCACCGUCAACUAUGUUGCUGAUGAAAACGGUUUCCAACCCGAAGGUGCUCAUUUGCCCAAACCCGAACAUUAAGUGUUUGACUGAUAUUAGGUUCGGAGAAAGUUGAAUUGUUUUUGUUAAAUAAUUCAAUAGGUUUUUAUUAAAAAAAAUAAAUGAAAUAUAAUAAUUAAAUUUUAUGUUUUUUGUUUACUAAUUUUAAAUUGAAUAACGUGGCUUGAUGCUUAUUAGAAUUCACGAUGCCAUCAUCAUGAGUCCUCGAAUGACUUAGUUAAGAAAUGUUUUUUGAAAUAAAUUAAUUGGAGUUAAUA